AUGAAUUGUGUUAGCACGAAGCUCCCUUUGAUUGAUUUAAGCAACCUAGGAGAAAAUGAUUCUUCAAGGUGGGAAUCAACCGAAAUCCAAAUUCGAGAAGCCCUUCAAGAAUAUGGGGGUUUUGAAGCUACAUACAUUAACCUUAUUCCUCUUGAGUUGAGGAAAUCAGUUGGUGAUGGGAUUCGGCAACUUUUCGAUCUCCCUUUAGCCACCAAACUACUUAACAAAAAUCCACACAUACCUUUCCAUAGCUAUGUUAACCGAAACGAUUCCGAUGCACUCGUAGAAAGUAUAGUCAUUGAUGGCGCCCUCUCGCCUCACGUAGUCGACACCUUCGCCAACCUCAUGUGGCCUGAUCAAGGCAAUCCCACUUUCAGCAAAGAUAUACUAUUAUACUGUGAGAAACUGUCUAAACUGGACAAGAUUGUGAGGCGGAUGGUGUUGGAGAGUCUUGGACUGGAAAAAUACAUAGACGAACACAUCAACUCCACAUAUUACGUCUGUCGUGUCCAGAAGUACGAAGCGCCUCGAACGCCUCACUCAACACUCGGAUUACAUUCCCAUACAGACAAGAACAUCAUGACCAUAUUGCAUCAACUCAAUCAUGUUAACGGUUUGCAGAUUCUUUCCAAAGAUGGAAAAACUUGGAUCCCUGCAGAUCCAACAUCACUCGAUUCAAUCAUUGUCAUGGUCGGGACCACUCUCCGUGCAUGGACAAACGGGCGACUGCAUGAUCCAUUCCACAGGGUAGUGGUUAGCGGGGAUGAAACUCGAUACACUAUCGGAUUGUUUACGGUUGCGAAAGAAGGGUGCGUGAUUAAGACUCCGGAAGAGUUGGUGAAUGAAGAUCACCCUUUGCUCUACAAGCCUUUUGAUUACUAUAAGUUCAUUAAUUUUACCACCACAGAUGCUGGUAGGGCUUCGCCAGAUCCUCUCAAGGAAUAUUGUGGAGCCUAAAUUCCAUGAUUAUCAGCUUAGAUGUCUGC